AUGCCGCAGAUCCGAUUUGUAUCUUCUCUGCUGCUAUCACUACUAUUUAGCAUCACUAUCAAGCGUCACCAAUACAACUAUCUAUUCGGGAUUAUUUUGCUGUGUAUUGCGUACGGGUUUAUUGCUGUGUGUAUUUAUUUCUACGUGUUCUUUUUUAAUUUGCUGGUGAUUUAUUUCCUGAGAAACUACAAGCACAAGAGGCAUGUUGUACUCAUCGUGAGCAUCAUGUCACUGUUGCUCUGCAGCUACUAUUAUAAGGUUAUCACCUGUACCAAGUCGCAUAACAUCUGUGGACCGAUUAUGGUUUUGGUCAUAAAACUGUACUAUCUGGCUAAGGAAUUGGACUGCGACAACGCCUUUUACACAGAUAUUUUUAACUACGUAUUUUGUAUUCCCGGUGUGAUAGCCGGACCAGCUUGCUCAUUGCUAGACUUCGAAAAAAACAAAGCCAAGAAAAUAAACAAUAGAAUGGCGCUUAAAAAGCUUGCUGAGAGCUUGCUCUAUCUUGCACUGCAUGUUCUAAUAACAAGAAACACAAAUUACAACAUACUGCUUGACAAAGAUCUUUUGUUCCCCCACAAGAUUUUUUAUCUGGUGUUGAUAGGCUUUGGAUUCAAGUGCCGGUACUAUUUCAUAUGGAAUUUUACAGAUGCCUGCUAUAUAUUUAACGGAUUCCAGAAUAUGACCAACAUAAAAGCGAUAGAAUCAGAGUUAAGCUCAGAUAUGAAGGAACUGGCGCAAUCCUGGAAUAUUUACACGAACAAAUGGCUGAAAGAGUCUGUUUUCGAUGAGUUGAAGAAUCGUUCGGUAUUUCUUGCAGCAACAUGCACCUUUAUCGUUUCAGCGCUAUGGCACGGUCCAAAAUUGGGCUAUUUUUUUAUGUUCCUAGGCUUUCUGUUCGGAACAACUGUGAUAAAAUCAAACCACAAGAUCUUCAGUUCGUUCUUCUCCGUAACAACUCUCCGUAUACUGGGCAUAGUGCAAACUAAUUUGAUUGUCAAUUACCUAAUUAUACCAUUUUCACUGCUUGACACGUCCAUUGUCUAUGAAACAUGGAGUAAUUUGUACUACUUCGUACAUUUUUGGUAUGUAAUUUCUCUUAUAGGGUUCUUGUGGACUAAGGGGAAGAGUUCCGGUGAAAUGAAAAAGCAGCAGAUGAAAAGACAGCGAAGAAAAUCGGUUUAAUAAAACGGUUAUUUUUGUACAGCAAAA